AUUGCAAGUUGGUUUUCUUUUUUACUUUUUUUCCCAAAGGAAAAGAAAAAAGCAAGUCAAGUCAAGAAGCCAUUGGAAAGGUUCCCCGCAACUUCUGCAUAAUCCUGCAAAUAUUACGAGCGCAAUGACCAUCAUUCUUUAAGCACCUAGCAGUCAAGAAUCAGCAUUGUUCAAGAACGCGCAGUAGAGAGUUUGUGUGUUUGUAAUCCAACGUCGAAGGCUGACGAUCAGUGUAGAUCCCGACAAUGGGUGGGUCAUGUCGUUCGAGCACUCCUAAGCUCCGAGUUUGAGUCUUGGGAGACAUUUUUGCUAUUCUCAGAUUUUUUUUGGUCGGUUGCUACUCUCAAAUUUGGGAUUCCAUAUUUCUCUCUGUUUCCUUCUCCAUCAAUCUCUUCUACAAUCCUCUUGAGAUGAAAAGAAAAGAACCCUUUAAUUCAAAAGAUCCGAUCUAUGAGGCGUCUUCCUCAUCAACCUCUCCACAUGGAGGUGAUUAUGAAGGUGGAACCAAAAGGCCGAGGGGAAAUGAUUAUGAAGUGUUUUUGAGUUUUAGAGGGGAAGACACUCGCAAAGGCUUCACCGAUCAUCUCUAUCAUAACCUUAACCAUGCAGGAAUUUGUGUGUUUAGAGACGAUAAUGAGCUCCAUGUUGGUGAGGAGAUUGGUUUGGAGCUUCUCUGCAGUAUUACAAAGUCUAAGAUCUCAAUCCCAAUUAUUUCGGAGAACUACGCCUCAAGGAAAUGGUGCCUCCAUGAGCUAGUUGAGAUGUUGAAGUGCAAGAGAAGGAAAGGGCAGAUAGUGUUGCCCAUAUUUUACAAAGUGGAACCCUCGCAAGUGCGACAUUCUAUAGGGAGAUUGAGAGAUGCUAUCAAUGCACAUAAAAAGAUUAUGGAUGAAAUGGUUAUGAAAGAAUGGGAAGAAGCACUUAAAGAAGUCAGCUUCUUGAAAGGAUGGGAAUCGGAGAAAAUUGAUAACGGGCACGAAGGAACAUUGGUGGAUAUUGUUGUCAAAAAAGUUAUGGGCGAGUUAAAAAGAUUUUUUCAGCUAAAUGUUCCCGAACAGUUGGUGGGAAUCAAUGAUCAUGUGCAACAGAUUAUGAGCAAGAUAGAUGCCGAAUCCAAUGGUACAAGGAUUAUUGGAAUUUAUGGAAUGGGCGGUAUCGGUAAGACAACUCUUGCAAAGGUGUUAUACAACAAACUUUCUAGUCAAUUUGACUAUCGUAGCUUCGUGGCAAAUAUCCGAGAAACAUAUCAGCGUAAGGGUAUUGAGUGUGUACAAAAGCAACUCAUUUAUGCCAUAAUAGGAAGUUUGUGUGAGGUGUCUAAUGUCGAUGAAGGAAUCAAUGUCAUAAAAUCUCAAUUUACAAGUAAGAAAGUUCUUGUUCUUUUAGAUGAUAUGGAUGAUUGUACACACUUGAGUGCUUUGGUCGGGGAUGGUAGUUGGUUUGAAGCGGGAAGUAUAGUCAUCAUCACAACUAGAAACAAAAGCAUUCUUGAUGAAGGUAGGGCGGGCUAUAUGUACCAACUCAAAGAGUUGUCUUUUGAUCAAUCACUGAUUUUAUUCGGUAGACAUGCAUUUCGAAAGGAUUCUCCUUUUGAUGAAUGCAUUUACCAAAAGGAUUCUUUUGAUCAAUCACUUUUCGAAGAGAAGAAGUAUGGAAAGAUACAUUAA